CCGGUCGAAUGCAAGGUCGUGUACUCUUGGCGGUUCACGCAUUUUUUGGGUUCUAUGAGCUACCUUUGCGAGGACUGGACCGCUUUCGCCGAGGAACUCCUCAAACUGCUCCUGCCACGCGAGUGGUUGUCGGUUCGCCGGUUCCUGGCGCGGAUGAUGCACUGUCGUCUGCACUCACUCGAGUGGAAGUGAUCGCGAUUGAAGAGCCACAGCAAAUCGUCUUCUAG